AUGUCUGCUCCUCUACCGAGAAAUGAGGGAGAAGAAGACGUUCUCUUUGAUGUGGAUUUCUUGAGUGAUCCACCUACAGCAGGACAGCAACGACAGCCACAACAAGGACAAGAAACCCCCGGUUUCCUAAUUCAUGACGACAGUAAUCGCUAUAAUGCCAACUAUCUAUUCCCACAGGAGACAAUUGAUUUAGAUAGAGAUGAAAAUAUUGAGAAUGAUAUUACAGGAAAUCCGUUCAUGGAUGAUACAGCCGCCACUUGGAACGAUGAUAGGUUUGCAGAAUCAAGACAUGGCUCACGUCUAGGUGGUGGUAGAAAUACUAGAUCUGGUGGUAAUGCCUUUACCAAUUUUUUCGCAAAUAUGAGAGACAGAUUUGGUAUGAACAAGAAAAGGUAUCAAAGUUUCGAAAUGACAGACUUCAACAAUGUGGAUAACCAUGGGACAUACGAGAAAUCGAGGAAUAUGUUUGAUAUUAAAAUAUUAUUCAACCAUUAUAUUUUAAGGAAACCUAUCAAUUCCGCUAAUGAGAACGGUCCACGUUUGAUCCAUAUCAAUGAUGGUAUUGCCAAUGACGGAUUAGGGUACGGAGAUAACCACAUUUCCACUACCAAAUACAAUGCAGCUACUUUCUUACCCAAAUUUUUAUUCCAAGAGUUUUCAAAAUAUGCUAAUCUUUUCUUUCUUUUCACGUCCGUUGUUCAACAGGUACCCAAUGUGUCGCCUACAAAUCGAUAUACUACUGUAGGUACCUUGCUUGUAGUAUUAGUGGUUUCUGCUAUCAAGGAGUGCGUGGAAGACAUAAAGAGAGUCCAUUCAGAUAAUGAACUGAACAAUGCAAAUACUGAAGUGUUCUCCGAAUUGGAUGGUGGACUCAUACAAAAAAGGUGGAUUGACAUUCGUGUUGGUGACAUAGUGAAAGUGAAAUCCGAAGAACCUAUCCCCGCAGAUAUGAUCAUUCUCUCCUCUUCAGAGCCUGAAGGUUUAUGUUAUAUCGAAACUGCAAAUUUAGAUGGUGAAACAAAUCUAAAGAUCAAGCAGUCAAGACCCGAGACAUCCAAGUAUAUUGAUGUGAGAACAUUGGGAUCGAUCCAAGGUCAUAUAAAAUCGGAACAGCCCAAUUCAAGUCUAUAUACUUAUGAAGGAACUUUAAUUUUAAACGAUCAAGAAAUUCCUUUAACUCCAGAUCAAAUGAUUUUGAGAGGUGCUACUUUGAGGAAUACCGCUUGGAUGUUCGGUAUAGUUGUUUUCUCUGGUCAUGAAACAAAAUUGAUGCGUAAUGCAACUGCUACUCCAAUUAAGAGAACCGCUGUGGAGAGAAUUAUUAAUUUGCAAAUCACUGUGCUGUUCGGAGUACUGGUUGUACUGUCUUUGAUUUCUGCAAUAGGUAACGUCAUUAUGAGUACUGCAGGCUCCAAGCAUCUACAGUAUCUAUAUCUGAAGGGGACUAAUAAAGUAGGCCUCUUUUUCAGAGACUUACUGACAUUUUGGAUUCUUUUUUCAAAUUUGGUACCUAUUUCGCUUUUUGUCACUGUGGAAGUUAUCAAAUAUUAUCAGGCAUUUAUGAUUUCCUCAGACCUCGAUCUCUAUGAUGAGGAAACGGAUACGCCAACGGUGGUACGGACUUCAUCGUUAGUAGAAGAAUUGGGUCAAAUUGAAUAUGUUUUUAGCGACAAAACGGGGACUCUGACUCGAAACGUCAUGGAAUUCAAAUCUUGCUCUAUAGCAGGACGCUGUUACAUCGAGACAAUUCCAGAGGAUAAAAAUGCAACAUUUGAAGAUGGUGUGGAAGUUGGUUAUAGAAAAUUUGAAGACUUACAGGAAAGGUUAAAUGAUUCAACGAAUGACGAGGCUCCAUUGAUCGAAAAUUUCUUAACAUUACUGGCUACAUGCCAUACUGUUAUUCCCGAAAUCCAGACCGAUGGAUCAAUUAAAUAUCAAGCUGCCUCUCCUGAUGAAGGUGCUUUGGUUCAAGGUGGUGCAUUUUUGGGUUACAAGUUCAUUAUUCGUAAGCCAAGUUCGGUUGUUGUUUUCAUUGAAGAAACUGAAGAGGAAAGAACUUUCGAACUCCUAAAAAUAUGCGAGUUCAAUUCCAGUAGAAAACGUAUGAGUGCUAUUUUCAGAACACCUGAUGGUUCUAUCAAGCUUUACUGUAAAGGUGCUGAUACUGUUAUCAUGGAUAGAUUGGCUAGUGAGAACAAUCCCUACGUUGAUAGUACCGUAAGGCAUUUAGAGGAGUAUGCUUCAGAGGGUUUCAGAACGUUAUGUGUCGCCAUGAAAGAUAUAGGAGAGGCUGAAUACGCUGAAUGGUGCAAGAUUUAUGAGUCCGCGGCGACUUCUUUGGAUAACAGACAGCAGAAGCUCGACGAUGCUGCAGAACUAAUUGAAAAAGAUCUACUCCUACUCGGUGCUACUGCUAUUGAGGACAAAUUGCAAGAUGGAGUUCCUGAAACUAUUCAUACUCUACAAGAAGCAGGUCUGAAAAUAUGGGUCCUGACUGGUGAUAGACAAGAGACUGCUAUUAACAUCGGUAUGAGUUGUCGUUUAUUAAGUGAAGAUAUGAACCUAUUGGUCAUUAAUGAAGACACUAAAGAAAAGACGAGCGAUAACAUGAUUGAAAAGUUGGACGCCAUUAAUGAACAUAAGAUCUCACCGCAAGAGAUGGACACUUUAGCUCUGGUGAUUGAUGGUAAAUCCCUAGGGUUUGCCUUAGAACCUGAUUUGGAGGAUUAUUUGUUAACACUAGGAAAAAUGUGUAAGGCAGUCAUAUGCUGUCGUGUAUCACCAUUGCAAAAAGCUUUGGUGGUAAAAAUGGUAAAGAGAAAAUCCUCUUCUUUGUUGUUGGCCAUUGGGGAUGGUGCAAACGAUGUUAGUAUGAUCCAGGCUGCACACGUUGGUGUUGGUAUCAGUGGUAAAGAAGGUUUACAGGCAUCAAGAUCUGCUGAUUUCGCUAUUGGACAAUUCAAAUAUUUGAAGAAGUUGCUACUUGUUCAUGGUGCAUGGUCUUACCAAAGAAUUUCAAUGUCAAUUUUAUACUCCUUUUACAAGAAUAUCGCACUCUACAUGACCCAAUUUUGGUACGGCUUUUCAAACGCAUUCUCAGGACAAUCCAUAAUGGAAUCGUGGACACUCACAUUUUACAAUGUCUUUUUCACCGUAUUGCCGCCAUUUGUAAUCGGUGUUUUUGAUCAAUUUGUCAGUAGUCGUCUAUUGGAGCGUUAUCCUCAACUUUAUAAGUUGGGCCAGAAGGGCCAAUUCUUCUCAGUAACCAUAUUUUGGGGAUGGAUCAUGAAUGGUUUUUAUCAUUCAGGAGUAAUAUAUGUCGGGUCAAUUUUAUUUUACCGCUGCGGUGCAGUGCUGAACAAGCAUGGUGAAGUUGCUGAUCAUUGGACUUGGGGUGUAGCCGUUUUCACUACAAGUCUUGCAAUUGUUCUGGGGAAAGCUGCUCUAGUUACCAAUCAAUGGACUAAAUUCACUUUCGUAGCCAUACCCGGUUCAUUCAUUCUUUGGAUUGUUUACUUCCCAAUCUAUGCCGCAAUUUUUCCUCAUGCAAACGUAUCUAGAGAAUAUUAUGGUGUUGUUUCUCAUACCUAUUCAUCUGCAACGUUUUGGUUAAUGUUGAUAGUGUUAACCGUGUUUGCGUUGAUGAGGGACUUUGUGUGGAAAUACUAUAGAAGGAUGUAUGCACCUGAAGCGUACCAUGUGGUUCAGGAAAUGCAAAAGUUUAACAUUAGUGAUUACAGACCUCAUGCACAGCAGUUCCAGAGUGCUAUUAGGAAAGUGAGACAAGUUCAAAGAAUGAAGAAGCAAAGAGGGUUUGCUUUCUCUCAAAGUGAAGAAGGUGGACAAGAAAGAAUUAUCAGAAUGUAUGAUACCACGCAAAAGAGAGGUAUACAUGGUGAAUUGCAUGAUGCAUCGGCUGAUCCUUUCAGUGACGAUCACUAUGUGAACGUUCCAUCUAACCCAUUCUCCGACGAGAAUCACGAACCAACUUUGGUGAAUGGAGAGGAUUCCUUAGAAUUGUAA